CUGGCACCAAGCCCGGGCCCUGCCCGCCUGAAUCCCGCCCCUUUCCCUCCCGAAGAGCCUGGCGCCAGGGCACCCGAAAAGUCAGUCAGUGCCAGUGCAGACCCGGCUCCCCUGCGCCAUGGAGCUCACCGCGGCCACGCUGCUUCUGCUGCUCCUCGGCCUCGCCUGCCUGGGCGUCUGCCUCCACGGGCCGGGCCGGCACAAGAGGGGGGGGCUGCCCCCCGGCCCGCGCCCGCUGCCCCUGCUGGGGAACCUGCUGCAGCUCGAUCCCAAGGACAUGGCCAAAUCUCUUCUCACGCUAAGCGAGCGCUACGGGCCCGUCUACACCCUCCACCUGGGCCUCCAGCGAGUGGUGGUGCUGUGCGGCUACCAGGCGGUGAAGGAGGCCCUGGUGGACCAGGCCGAGGAGUUCAGCGGGCGCGGGGAUCUGCCUGUGGUCUUCCGCUUCACCCAAGGGAACGGCAUCGCCCUGAGCAACGGGGAGAAGUGGAAAGUCCUGCGGAGAUUCGCCCUGCAGACGCUGCGCAACUUCGGCAUGGGCAGGCGGAGCCUGGAGGAGCGGAUCCAGCAGGAGGCACGGUGCCUGGUGCAGGAACUCGCCCAAACGCAAGCCGCGCCCUUCGACCCCACCUUCCUCAUCAGCCGGGCCGUCUCCAACGUCAUCUGCUCCGUCGUCUUCGGGGACCGGUUCGAGUACCAGGACGGGAGCUUCCUCACCUUGGUCGGCCUCAUCAACCAGAACUUCCAGCUGCUCAGCUCCCCGUGGGGGCAGCUGUACAACAUCUUCCCCGGCCCCAUGUCCUGCGUGCCGGGGCCUCACAACAGGAUCUUUGAGAACUUCGAGCAGCUGCGGCUCUUUGUGCUGGAGCGGGUGAAGAUGCACCAGGAAUCCUUUGACCCCAACUGCCCCCGAGACUUCAUCGACUGCUUCCUCCUCAAGAUGGAGCAGGAAAACCAGGACCCACUGAGCUACUUCCACACGGAGACCCUGGUGAUGACCACGCACAACCUGUUCUUUGCGGGCACGGAGACCGUCAGCACCACCCUGCGCUACGGCUUCCUCCUCCUCAUGAAGUACCCAGAGAUCCAGGCCAAAGUCCACGCUGAGAUCGACCAGGUGAUCGGGCGGCACCGCAGCCCGUCGGCGGAGGACCGGAGCCGCAUGCCCUACACCGACGCCGUGAUCCACGAGGUGCAGCGCUUCAGCGACGUGAUCCCCAUGGGGGUCCCACACGCGGUGACCCGGGACACCCGCUUCAGGGGUUUCCUGCUUCCAGAGGGCACCAACGUGCUCCCGCUGCUGUUCUCUGUGCACAAGGACCCCACCCAGUUCAAAGACCCGGCCACAUUCGACCCGGCCCAUUUCCUGGACCCGAGCGGAGGCUUCCGGAAGCAGGACGCCUUCAUGGCCUUCUCCACGGGGAAGCGGAUCUGCCUGGGCGAGGGCCUGGCCCGCAUGGAGCUCUUCCUCUUCUUCACCUCCACCCUGCAGCGCUUCACCCUCACGCCCCUCGCCCGCCCGCAGGACCUCGACGUCUCGCCCCUGGUGAGCGGCCUGGGGAACGUGCCGCACCCCUACGAGUUCCGGGCCGUCCCUCGCUGAGCGAGCCGCUGCCCAUCCCGCCUCCGCUGCCCUUCCCAGCCUCGUGUGCUGCAGCCUUUGCACGCCUGAGACGAGCUCGCAGGCCUCGUCGCUUGCAGUGUCUGGUCAGCACAACUGCCGGGUCUCCUGCGCUCGAGAUCUUACCGCGCUGCCUGGCGGGCUGCUCUCUUUAACGUCCCGAGCGCCAGAUUCGUGAGCUUAGUUCAGGUUUUCAUUACAAUCAACUACAAAUAAAAAUGGUCCAGCUCUGGGGGUGAUAGAGAAACGUUUAGAAACUUGACUCGAGUAAAGAAACCAGAAGCAAAUAAAACGAACCCAAAUCUCA